UCUUGGCUUUGGUUAUCUCUCGUUAGCUCAUAUCCUACAGUUUAUAUAGAUAGACGAUUUUAAUAGCCAUACUCAGGGUAGAAUUUAGCCUGUGUUUUUAAAAGUUGAAUGAACGUAGCGGACAGACAGAUCAACUUCGUUCUGGGGGUUGUGUGGGCGACCUGCAGGCAAACCUUUCCCAGCCGCGCCUGCUUCCUUGAGGAGACCCAGUAACUAUGGCGAUGAGAGCGAAAAAACGCACUGGGCAUGCCAGUUCAACGUUUAAUUUUGAUUUAGGCCUACAUGUGGUUGAGUUGUCAACUAACAUGAAUUCAACGUGAAAUCAAUCAAACGUUUCACCCUGUUAUUGGAUUUAGGUUAAAAGUGAGAGAGAAAAAACGAAAUUCUCUUAAAUUGACGACUUUGCUAAUCCAAUCAAUUUUACACAUUGAUUCAACGUCAUCACAUGGCAUAUUUUGGUUUAAAUGACAGCUUAACAACGUUGAUUGAAGUCGUUUUUGCUCAGUGGGAAACUAUAAUUCCUGCUCUCCAGGGUAUGUGCGAUUAUUGAGGGAGGCUGAGACGUAUCCAACUCGACCACCGUCGGAGCGGUAGCCUAUAGCCCGCAUUCCGAAUCCUCGACCUAGGCAACGGCGAGAGACGCUAGAGGGGAGGAAAGAGAGAGAUGGGGUCAGCUUCGUCGGUGAAACGAGUAAUCUACCUGGACGUCGAUGGCAGAAUUCAGAAGAGAAUUUGGCAGUAUCUUGAACCGGCCUCACAACCGUAAACCACGUGUAACCACGCCAGCCCAGGACCUCCACAUCUGGCUUCUUCACCUGCGGCAUCAUCUGAGACCAGCCACCCAGACGGCUGAUGAAUCUGUGGGUUUGCACAACGGAAAUAUUUCUGUACAAACUGUCAGAAACCGUCUCAGGUGGUCUUCAGCAGAUUCUGCAGCCCGUACGAUAUCAGAGUUAUUUUGCACCGCUCUGGGUAUCCCAAGGAACACCACCUUAUCUCUGCUGGACUCCACAGGAGCCAUGGUGUCCAUCGACCCCACCAUGCCACACAACACCGAGAGGUCACCGUACAGCGUGGUGCCCCUGACUGGUGGACAGCUAGCUGAUAAAGAGGAACUCUUCCAGAAUGUAUUGACACAGGUGGCAGAGCAGUUUUCCAGAGCGUUUAAAAUCAACGAGCUGAAGACGGAGGUGACAAACCGCUUGGCGAUGUUGGAGAAGAGAGUUGAGCUGGAGGGGAUGAAGGCGGUGGAGAUAGAGAAGUGUCACAGCGACAUCAAGAAGCUCAGGGAGGAGAUGCCGUCCAUGAACAACACUCAUUUCCUGGAUGACAAAAAGAAGCGGACAUCUCGGAGUGACGUGCCCUCUUACCCCAAGUACCACCUGUCUCAGGAGACAGUGGAAGCUCUCAGACAUCCCACCUUUGAUGUGUGGCAGUGGGAGCCCAAUGAGAUGCUGAGCUGCCUGGAGCACAUGUACAAUGACCUGGACCUGGUCAAGGGCUUCAACAUGAACCCCAUCACACUAAAGAGAUGGCUGCUUUGUAUCCAUGACAACUACCAGGUGAAUCCCUUCCAUAACUUCCGUCACUGUUUCUGUGUCACCCAGAUGAUGUACAGCAUGAUCUGCCUCUGCAGCCUACAGGAGAUAUUCACCCAGGUGGACAUUCUGAUUCUGAUGACAGCUGCCGUGUGCCACGAUCUGCAGCACCCCGGGUACAACAACACGUACCAGAUAAACGCACGGACGGAGCUUGCGGUACGCUACAAUGACAUCUCUCCUCUGGAGAAUCAUCACUGUGCCGUGGCCUUCCAGAUCUUCUCCCAGCCUGACUGCAACAUCUUCUCCACCUUCGAUGCUGAGGCCUUCAAACAGAUUCGUCAGGGAAUCAUCACACUGAUCCUGGCCACAGACAUGGCACGACAUGGCGAGAUACUGGACUCAUUCAACCAUAAAGUGGACCGCUUUGACUUCAGUGAUGAAGAGCAUGUCACUUGUCUGAAGAUGGUGCUGAUUAAGUGCUGUGACAUCUCUAACGAGGUGCGGCCCAUGGAGGUGGCUGAGCCCUGGGUCGACUGUCUGCUGGAGGAGUACUUCAUGCAGAGUGACAGGGAGAAGGCAGAGAGUCUGCCUGUAGCCCCCUUCAUGGACAGAGAAAAGGUCACCAAACCCACCGCCCAGAUCGGAUUCAUCAAGUUCGUCCUCAUCCCCAUGUUUGAGACCGUAAUGAAGCUGUUCCCUCAGAUUGAGGUGAUGAUCCAGCCUCUGAGAGAGUCACGAGACAGAUACGAGGAGCUCAAGCAGAUCGACGAUGCCAUGAAUGAGGUGCAGAAAAAGAAAAGUGAGAACCUGACUAUGGGGAAGAAGAAAUGAGAGCUCCUCAAACGUCCUAUGGGGGAAAAAAGUCAGUAUGGCAUUCUGAGGAAUGGGACCUGAGGAAGAGGGGAAACUGACCAAGCCACUGUCUGUCUGGCCGGAUGGACAAUCCAAAGCUUUUAUCAGGGAAUGUCGACUUGUACAGCACGGACUACUUCAUUAAACAAUAUCUUGCCUUUUUUAUUUUUAAAUGUUUUUGUUUUAUACAGAAUGUAAAGAUUUUUUGUCGACAUUUGUUUCCUACAAAAAAGGUUUACUUUAAAUAUAACCUUUUAUGCA